AUGAUUGGACACCUGUACACACAUCUAGAUUUUCUUAAAAUUCACGAAUCUGUCGUCGAUAUCCGCCAAACGACUGCCAACAAAGCAUUCAUGGAAACGAUGAGUCCGGAUGGUUACGAAGUAGUCCACCCAUUCCAAAUACGCGAUAAAAACGAACGAAUCGGAAUCGAUACUCGCAAUUAUUUUCUCAAAGCUCAAGAACACUAUUCCCACGUGACAAUCGUCAUCCGCUCGAAUCAGCUGGGUCGUCUGAAAUUAGUUCUCGAACGGAACAACUUCAUUUUCCUGAAUCAGACAGCAUUCCACAAGUUAGACGCAGACGGCGAGCGUGUUCUUCAGAAUCGUGUCGAGAACUGUUACUAUCAGGGUACUGUAGGUGGAGAGGAGAGUUCGUUCGUCGCUUUGAGCUCUUGUAAUGGAUUGAGAGGUGUCAUUUCAUUUGCAAAUGGUACAACUUAUGGUAUAUGGCCACUAGAUGGAGGAGAUCGGAAUUCCCGAAGACAUCCGCAUAUUCUCUAUAAAUCUGAAUGGACGAAAGAGGCGAAAUGUGGAAGUUCGAUGGCUCAUGCUGUUGGACAAAGGAUUCGAAGAGGGGCGGAGCCUGAUCUGGAAGGGGCGGAGCCUAUUCUUGAAAAACCCAGGAAGCACAAGCAUCGAAAACAUCACAGAAGGCAUAUGAAAGAUGAAGAAGAGGAGGAGGAGGAUGAGCUGAAAAUCCGUGUGGCAAAUCGAAGAGACGCGUCGAAACGGACAAAAUAUGUGGAAGUGGCAUUGAUUGCAGAUUAUGAGUUUAUGAAGCAGCGAGGUCUUCACGAUAUGGACGCCAUCUCCUACAUGCUGGAAUCGUUGAAUAUCGCUGAUUCGAUGCUCUCCCGUGACCUCAACAUUCGUCUCUCGGCAGUCUACGUCGAGCUCUGGUCAGAUGUUCAACGAAUCGAUCUAUGGGAAGAUAUCGAACGGACUCUGAGUGGUGUCGUCGACUACGCAGCCGGUCACAUCUAUCACAUCCAAAAAGAUGCUUCAAUUCUCUUCACCGCCGGCUCAUUCGCCAAUCAAGAAGUGUCCAACGCAGCGAUUCGAUCGAUUUGUACCGCCCGUUCUGCUGUCAUCGUACGGGCCAUCGAACCAUUUGCAACUCAUUGGAAUGGAGAGUUGGUGGCUCAGUCUGUUGGACAUUUACUCGGAUUGGAACACGAUACGACUGCGUGUAGUUGUGAACCGUCUCCAGAAUGUGUGAUGAGACAACAACCGGGACGAGUUGGUGCUCCGUUCUCGUGGCAAUUCUCAAAGUGUUCGGUGGCGAGAAUGCAUGGAAUUUGGCAGGAUGGAAAUAUUCAGUGUUUGCUGAAUAAACCGUUCCAGGUCUCGGAACUUCGAGAAUGCGGCAACGGAAUCGUCGACGGCUCCGAAGAAUGCGAUUGCGGUACCCGUGAGAAUUGCAAUGAUCCCUGCUGUGACCCUCUCACGUGCACUCUCCGCCCACACGCUCAAUGCGCCGCCCAUCACAAAUGUUGUCAUCGUUGCGAACUUCGGAAAGCUGGCGAAACGUGUCGAUCAUCUCAAAGUCCGUGCGACGUCGCCGAGUCCUGUGAUGGAAAAUCUGGUGAUUGCCCACCAGACGGUCAUCUGAUCGAUGGUACAGUAUGCGGAAAUGAUGGACAAUGUUGGCGUGGAAAUUGCUCGGAUAGUCAUCAACAAUGUCAAAAAUUAUGGGGACGAGAGGCGAGAGUGGCCGAGGAAGUGUGCUUCGAGCAGAAUACAAAAGGAGCCGAGUACGCGAAUUGUGGAAUGCAAAGUGAUGGAAGUUAUCAUCCAUGUCAGUUGGAGGACACCAAAUGUGGCACAUUACAUUGUCAUUCUGGAUCCCUGACGCCUACAGAUUCCACGUUGAAGGCGUUCACAUUCCACUUCACCCAAAAUGCUCAACAAAUCCAAUGUAAAUCGAUCGCCGGUUCGCUCUCAGGUCUCAUCCAAGACGGAACCAAUUGCGGGUCCGGUAAAGUGUGUGUAGCCGGAUCUUGUGUCGAGAUGUCUUCAGUGUCCUCUGGAACUGCCUGCCCUACCAACAAUCUUGCUCUUCUUUGCUCCGGACACGGUCACUGCACAACUACUGCCAAGUGUGUCUGUUUCAAUGGAUGGACUGGAAAUGCUUGUGAUAUUCGGAGCAAUACGUCGACUUAUCAAGGAUCUAUGGGAUUCCGAGAUGAAGAUCACGAACAAUUGGGUCAUGGAGGAGCACGGAAGACUAUCAUGAUACCUCAUUUGAAUAUUGGAACGACACUAGAGACUGCCUAUCUCUUUGGUAUUCUUUUCGGAUUCGGAGCAUUUUUAUUGCUCUGUUUGGUAUGUCUCAUGCUAUGUUAUCGACGACGUUCUGUAGUGGAGAUCCCCAAACCAUCUGAUGAGAAACUGGAAGAAUCGCCGGAUCGACAAAUCAAAUUCGGAAAUAUGCCGUCGUAUCGAGAGGAGAAGAGAAAACGAAAGAGUAACAAGAGGAUUUACGGAGCAUUGAAUCGAAUUACGGAGGCUGAUGAGAGGGAUUCGACGAGUUUGAGGUCGAGAGAUAGUGCUGGAAGUCAACAGUUGUUGGAUAGAAAUGGGCAGCCCGUGAUGGCAGGGAUACGCGAUCCCUACUCAACGGACCAUCACAUCUACGCCGAAUCCGUCGCCGCCUCUUCAUCGAAUCGUCAAUUCCGUGGAAUCAACUCGGACGGCUCCUACCCUCUCCGGUCAUUUGGCUCCUGGAGAAGCUCCGCCCCCAUCAGCCCCGCCUCCUCAUCAGGUCAUCUGACAGAUGUUUCGAAUGCAACGACUCCAUUGAGACUGAAUAAAAUCGGAAAGCUUCUGAAAACAAUGCAACAAUCGGAUGAUGAAGCGGGAUCUCCAUUCUCUGAUCACUCGAUGCAAUUCCAGAAUCAAGGGAUUCAGAAUCUUCAGAGCCUUCAGAAUCAUUCACUUUUGGGUCGGCUGGAUCAUGGAUAUACUGGAGAAGAGGAGCUAUCAGCAGUGGAGGCUGAUCACGACGUCGGAUCGAAUACAGAAUCUUCUCGAGGUUGUGAAGAUUCAUCUGGAGGACGAGAUUCUGGAGGAUGGGAUCCGCCGUCACUAGUCAAUGGAUCCACGUCGAAUAACUAUAAUUUCCGACAGAGUCCCUCAUUAUUUAGUGAUCCUUUCAAGCUGGAAAUGACUAAUAGUAUGCAUAAUUAG